AUGUCUGGUUGCGGUUUGCGGCGUCUCCGAUUACCCGGUAUCGCACCCUCCCUGAGGGUGGCACCACAGACUUCACUACACCGUUGCAAAUCGUACGUGUUGAAGUUCCUCCGUGGGCAGCUGCCAGAGGAUCUCAAGGAUCUUAACGGUGCCCUUGGAUGUUUGUACGGGACACUCCCCGACGUGGACGAAUUCGGUCAAUUUGUGAUAGCUCCUGAAAUUGUGGACCGCUUUCACCAGUUAGGAUACGUCAAACUGCCACACCCAGUGCUCGAUGCACAGCAAGUUGACAAACUUGCGGAUGAGGUUAACGAACUGGCCAACAACAUUGAGCACCACCCAAAGACGGAAAAACUUUACGCCACAUCGCUGGCGGACCUGACGGGGGGUCCGCUGUUUUACUGCCAAGGGCAAUGGCGGGCAUCAUGGGGAAUGCAUGAUCUCAUCUACCUUCCCACCAUUACCGUUGCCGCCUCGCAGAUCCUUGGCAACUCGCUCGUGCGCCUGUGGUACGAUGAGGUGUUCAUGAAAGAGGCCCGCAGGGGGCCAUGCGUGCCCUGGCAGCAGAACUACGCCAGAUGGCAGCACACGAGGCCCGUGAACCAUGUGACUGUUAUGAUUGCGCUUGAUGCGAUGAACAAGGACCGCGGCGCACCGUGCUUAGUGCCUGGGAGCCACCGCUGGAGAGAUGGUGACCUGCUCCCCCCAGUUCCGUAUGACCCCACCAAAGACGAGGCGCAACAGCUCAACACCAUAUGGGAAAUAACCAACGAGGAAGAGAGCGAGAUGCUCAUGGACACCCCACCCGCGACGGUGGACCUUAGACGCGGUGAGGCCCUUCUUAUUCACCCCCUGACACUUUUUGCGACGCACGGCAAUCGCUCCCUGGAUGCCGCGCGCUGCUGUUUUAUUCACUACAUGGGCGAGAAGGCGUAUGCCGUCCAGGACGGGCCCCUUUUGCCUCACACGACAAAGUUCCAGGCGGGAGCGGCGAUCCAGGGGCCGUUCUACCCGGUUGUGUUCGACCCCGCGAUGGCGGAAGAGCUGGCAAUGCUUCCCGGGAGCGCCGCGCCGGAAACGGCCCCGGCGCAGGAGGUUUAG